UUAAAAAUACUUUAAAAAUAAAUCUCCCAUCCCUUUAUUAUUAACAAUGGCGAAACAGGAUGAUAGUCUUUUCCUUCUGGAGGUCCUUAUCGAUAAAAUUGUUUUUGUUAAAAGCCCAUGCUUUUCAGACAAAGACUUUAGGACUUGCGUUAAUAUCGAAUGUAACGCUGUAGAGCCACUGGAAAUAUGUGACGACGAUCCCAAUGUUGGUAUUGCAAAAAGUGGAGGUCCCUUUGUGAAGCCUUUUAAUACUGGUAAAUCAUGUCUUUUUUCCCUAAAAGAGGGUGACAUCAAUGCUGCAAUGAGCAAGUUUCCAGUAAAAGUUUCUGUGUAUAAAUCUCUGCCAUGUGGCUGUUUACCUACAAAAAUCAUCAUGGGCGAAUGUACCAUAGACAUGACAAAAGAAUUUGUUGAAGCAAGAAAUAACUUUUUAGCCGAUCCAACCAGUGUAAGCUAUCAAGCACUGAAAGACUCGUUUAGAUUUGUAGGACCGGAUGGAGAAGAAACUGGUGAAAUAGUAAUGUUUUUAAGGAUAUCCUGUUUUGGAAAACUCAUUAUCACUACAUUCCAAGGAUCUGGUGGUCCUCCCAACUUAGGUGGAAAAUCGAGAGGUAGUUCAGGCGUAGUAGAUCGUUCAUGUGCACCGAAGAAAGAUUAUCAAACAACAGAUGAUCCUUGUGUUUGCGGCGCUGCUCGAAGUCACGGAAGUGCAGGAGGAACAGGUGGACACACAUGCUCGGGUGGCGGUGCCGUUUGUCCUCCGGCUCGAGAUCCAUACAAUAGCAUGCCUUGUGAAGAUCCAGAUGAUCCUUGCUAUUGCUCUGGGCCAAAACCUGCAGAAAAGCAAAAAAUGCUAUGCCGCAAUACUGAUCAAUACUGCUUACAUGUUCCAAAAGGUGUCCUGUCGAGCUUGCUGUUUUGCCAAGAACUGACUGAAGUACAAAAAAAUAAGCCUAAAAUGAAAACCAAGGAAGAACUUUAUUUUAUUGAAUAUAUUAAUCGAACACUGAUGGAAAAUAACUUCAAUUUACCCACGUAUGAAGUUGGAAUUAUAAAUAUUAAUACUUUGAAAAAAUGCGUUGACAAUAUGAGAUUAUUUUACGACAAGCGUUUUGCAGACUCAACAUAUUAUGCAGAUUUUAUAAAUUACAGUUUUACGCCAUCUUCAAGCACUAUUUACCCCGAUUCCUCUAUUAGUGGAUUUCGAAAUAAUUCUUCGGAAUCUAAGAGUAUUUUCGGUGAAAAGGAAACAAUCGUUUACAUGACACUUUUUAACGAUUUUUACCAUCAUAAAAGCUCAGGAACACAAGCUACAGCAUCCGUCAAUAAAUGCUUUCAAGUUUAUAGCAGUAAUUCAAUAGACUCACGUUCCGAGUACUGUUCUUCGUGUAACGCAACCACAUCGCAACAAGGAAGCAGUAGAUGCAUAACAGAUGAAGUUCAUUAUUCCGAAGUUUACUUUUUUGGUAGAAAAAAGGAACCAGCUGAUAAGAAAGGGGUGGGAGGAAAAUGUUCGAAAACAAAACUAUGUAAAACAGGUCAACCACCUACAUCAGCCAGUAAAAGUACGGACGCAAAAAAUCGACCAAAACCCAAAACAAACACUCAGUCACAGACAAAAAGAUCGAGAGGCGCUACGACAUCGACGGGGACUACAAAAUCAGUAUCAAUCAAAGAUGAUAAACCUGAAAAGCCCUGCCCUGCUGUAGCGGCUUCGAAAGGCGAAAUGAUGGCUACCGUGUCACACAUAAAAAUUGGCCCCAAAGAGCCUUGCCCAGUGCAUGGGAAGGACCCAUGUCAAGGACCCAAAUGUAUAUUAGCAGCGUCUGGAGAAGACCAGGCACCAGUGAAAGUAACUACUGCUACCAAUGCGCGAAGAGGAGUUUUCGAAUUGGUUAUUCGUAAAAUUACUGGAGCACCAUUAGCUAGGAACGAAUUAAUGUUAGAAUGGACACCACCACCAUGUCGUCCGCCUCCAUGUCCCUCGCCUUGCCCUAUACCGUGUGCCUUUCCUACACCAUGUCGACCUUCAAAGUGCAAGCUAAUCAUUUGUAAGCCUUCCCCAUGCAAGCCAAAAUGUUGUAAGAAGAAACCUUGUGGCCAGCCUUGUUCCCCAUGUAAGAAAUGCUGUAAAACGAGUUGUUGUGGAAGGCCUUGCCCACCACCAAGCUGCCCAACUUGCUCAGGUUGUACGCCCUUCCCACCACCUCCAUGCAGAAAGCCUUGUAGCCCUCCAUGCUGUAAAUCUCCAUGCAGAAGUUCGCCAUGCUUGCGUCCAUGUCCAGUCGGUCGGAAGCGUCCUCGGAGGUGUAAAAGCCAACCAAAAAUAAAGACACACAAAAAACGUACAUCACCUUGUAGUAAUCGCUCCAAAACAUGUCCGGUGGUAAAAUGCCGAAGUAUGCCAGGAUGCUGUGUGGUGCCAAUGCCGUGCCCACCUAGAAAAUGUUGCUCUGUUGCUCCUUGCAAGCCCGCCAAAUGCUGCAGGAGUAAUUGCUCCACUUGCUGUUAGAUUUAUAUUACAGAAAUGAUAGAAAAAACAAUAUCAACAAAACGCAACUGUUAAUUUCUGUACUCAAUAUAAUCAUACGACAAUA